GGGCGGCCUGCGCCCGGCCGGGGACGAGGGUCGGCGGGGGCUGCCCCCGCAGUGCCGGCCGCCAUGCUGGGGCCCCGGGCGGCCGCCGUGGCGCUUCUCCGACUGCCGCUGCCGCUGCUGCUGCUGCUGCUGCCGCCGCCGCCGCCGGGGCUCCGCGAUCCCGGGCUCGGCGUGGUGGCAGCCGCCGGGGCCGGGCUGCCCGACAGCGUCAUCUGGGCCGUCAACGCGGGCGGCGAGGCGCAUGUGGACGUGCACGGCAUCCACUUCCGCAAGGACCCUCUGGAGGGCCGGGUGGGCCGAGCCUCAGACUAUGGCAUGAAACUGCCAAUCCUGCGUUCCAACCCUGAGGACCAGAUCCUGUAUCAAACAGAGCGGUACAAUGAGGAGACCUUUGGCUACGAAGUGCCCAUAAAGGAGGAGGGGGACUACGUGCUGGUGUUGAAAUUCGCCGAGGUCUACUUUGCACAGUCUCAGCAGAAGGUAUUUGAUGUCCGAUUGAACGGCCAUGUUGUGGUGAAGGACUUGGACAUUUUUGAGCGUGUUGGGCACAGCACGGCUCAUGAUGAGAUCAUCCCGAUGAGCAUCAGGAAGGGGAAGCUGAGCGUCCACGGGGAGGUGUCCACCUUCACAGGGAAGCUCUACAUUGAGUUUGUCAAGGGCUACUAUGACAACCCCAAGGUCUGUGCACUCUACAUCAUGGCUGGGACAGUGGAUGAUGUACCAAAGCUGCAGCCUCAUCCAGGACUGGAGAAGAAAGAAGAGGAGGAGGAGGAAGAAGAGUAUGAUGAGGGGUCUAACCCCAGAAGACAGAGCAAUAAGAACAGGGUGCAGUCGGGCCCCCGGACGCCCAACCCCUACGCCUCGGACAACAGCAGCCUCAUGUUCCCCAUCCUGGUGGCCUUCGGAGUGUUCAUUCCGACCCUCUUCUGCCUCUGCCGGCUGUGAGAACAAAUGGCCAUGCUCAGCA